AUUUAUAAAAAUGAUUAAUUUUGUUUUAUCAAAUUUAGCAUAAAAUAUAUUCUAAUAAACUACUGAAGCAGGUACCUAUUGUUUCUAAAAAAGUAUCAGUUUGGCUACGAGACUACCGCCUCUGGUUGUUUAUUUCAUCUGAUUGCUACUGUCAACAACUCAUGUAAUGUACGUUUGGCUACAGUUUUAGUGAAGCAAAACAACACACACAAUACGAUGGCACGAAGCCAGGACAGCACUGGAACGGUUGCAGCAGGAGAAGAUAUGGACGAUAGCCGAUUUCGAAUCCGACCCUAUCAGCAGAUACUAUCAUCCUGCAGUGGUGCUCUAGUAACAUCGCUGUUCAUGACUCCAUUGGAUGUAGUGAAAACGCGACUACAAGCACAACAAAAAGUACUGAUAUCAAACAAAUGUUACCUAUAUUGCAAUGGUUUAAUGGAUCAUAUUUGUCCAUGCGGUCCAAACGGCCCGUUGGGUCCUUCGGUGAUCAGCAAACGUCCCCUUCACUUUAAUGGAACGAUCGAUGCUUUCACUAAAAUCAGCCGCUAUGAGGGUGUUCCAUCUCUCUGGUCAGGUCUAGGACCAACACUGAUACUGGCACUUCCGACCACGGUAAUUUAUUUUGUGGCUUACGAGCAGUUUCGUAUUCGAUUAAAGGAAUUGUACCAAAGAAAGAAAGGGCGUAACGCCGAACUUCCCAUUUGGCUCCCACUACUGGCGGGUAGCUCAGCUCGUGUGCUUGCCGUCACAAUUGUGAAUCCUCUAGAGCUUAUCCGCACCAAGAUGCAAUCUGAAAGGCUAAGCUAUACAGAGGUUGGUCAUGCUUUCCGUAGCAUGUUACGAGUACAGGGCGUGUUUGGUUUGUGGAAAGGUUUCUUUCCAACGAUACUACGAGAUGUUCCAUUCAGUGGCAUCUACUGGACGACAUAUGAGUCCAUCAAGAAACAUUUCAACGUUAGCCAACCUUCGUUUACGUUUAGUUUUGCUGGUGGGGCUGUUUCCGGUGGUGUGGCCGCCUUUAUCACCGUGCCCUUCGAUGUUGUCAAAACACACCAGCAGAUUGCAUUCGGUGAACAAUUCCUUUACGCUCAGAACAGCGAGAACGCCGUUAAGAAACCAUUCAAAGCCAUUGGCACGUUCGAGACGAUGGGACGAAUAUUCCAAAUGAACGGCAUUCGCGGACUUUUUGCGGGGUUAACGCCACGGUUGGUAAAGGUAGCGCCCGCUUGUGCCAUCAUGAUCGCAUCGUUUGAGUAUGGGAAGAACUUUUUCUAUCGCUAUAACGUUCAACGAUAUCAGGAGAAGGACAAAGCGUCAGCUGCCAGUGAGACCAGUAUCAGUACCGCGGUUAGUAGUACGCCCUCUGCGACCCUCAUUGGCUCCCCGACACAUCGCGGCCGCCAGAUAAACAAGUACUAAGCGAUAUUUUUUUUUCUUCAGUAACAUUUCGCAAGCGUUAUCUCAUCUUCCUCAAAUCUCACGGGCGCUGGUUGCGGAAUGUGAGAUAAUCAUAUGUGCAACUAUACUAUGGAUUACCACUGUGUACAAUAAAUUGUUAGUCAUUUGUUGGAAGAUUA